AUGAACGCCUCGCCGUCGCCUCGCGCCUACGACCCCUCCAUCUUCGCGCCACCCAAUCCUGCCCCGACCACUUCAACCCCUCCUUCUCCCACCCUACAUCGGCCCCUGGGCUCCUCCUCGCCUCGCCCCGCCCAGCUCGAGCAAGCGGCUCACGCAGAUAUGCGGGGCGGCGAGGUGCUGGCCAGCGGCAACAGCAAUGGAGGGAGCGCACCACUCCUCCCGGCCACGAGCGCCGUUGGCGAGGUGGUCGUCUCCGACCAGCCUGACGCGGACCCAGAGCAGCCGACCGUCGCGAGGAGGAAGCAGUCGCUACGCACUCUGAGCUUCGAAGAGGUCCUCAAGGCACGUCAGCUGGUGCGCACCGGCUCCGAGAUCCUCAGGCGCGACUCGUCGCUGGAGGAGCUGCUGGAGCGGUCUUACCAGAGCAGCUUUCACCCGGCCGUGCAGCGCGAGGACUCGCUCGAAAGUGAGUUGAAACAACUCAUGGAGGCCAACUUCCUGCAAGACGUUGUCAAGAAGCCGAUGCCGCCAUCGCCAAUGCCGCCAUCGCUGAUGCCACCAUCGCCGAUGUCACCAUCGAGCAAGCCGCUGCUGACGACGACGCCGGUCAAGAAGUCCAAGAAGAAGGACCGGUCGAGCAAGAAGAAGCGGAGCGGCCCCGAGGUUAUCGAGGUGAACGGCCACCUCUACAACGCCACCGAUGUGGACCUGUGGUCCGAGGCCGAUUCGCUCGAGGGCACGGACGCGCGCGGGUACUUUGAGCGGAAGGCGCAGGCCAAGAAGGAGCGGGAGGCGGCCAAGGCGCGGCGCAAUAUGUCCGACGAGAGCAAGAAGAAGGAGAAGGAGGAGAAGAAGCGGGAGCGACGCGGGCGGAGCAGAAGCGGCGGCAAGACGGGCGAGGCUGUACAGGAGGAGGCAGGCGGGGAGGUGGGCAUCACGGCGGACGCCGACAAGCCGGGCCGUAUCGCGUCCAUCCGGCGGCUCAAGCUCUUCAACCUGCGGGGCAACAGCAGCGUCGAUGUUUUCAUCGAACGAUUCAGUGGCAGUCCAAUUCGAGGCACCAAAAAGGUGAAUCCGCCCGCCUCUCCGAAUGGGAGUUCGCCGAUGGAGUCGCCCCACACGCCGGUCAUGGGACGCUCCAUGGACGGAGACUCGGACAUCGAGGACGCCGGCCCGCUCACCCUCUCCGCCAUCUCCUCCCGCAUCCCGUCGUCCGCCUUGGUGUCGCCCGUCACCUCUAACGGCUCUGUCCCGGUCGGCGCCGACCCGCCCAGCUCCACCCACCACCAGCAACAGCAGCAGCGGGAUCCCAACCCACUGGCGCUCUCCGCUCCGCACUCGUCGCCAGCGCCCUCGCCGAAGAGGCGUGCGGGCAGCCUUCGGGACCGACACCGGCGCGAGAUCAAGGACAAGUCGCGCGCGAAGAACAAGGACGACGAGUCGUUCGCGGCCGAUGCGGCCGGCCUCCCGCUCAAGCGCGCUAAGUCGGCGCGCCAGUCAUCGAAGGCGGCCGUGUCGAAGGAGUCGCCCGGCGGCGGCGGUCCGGCGAUCAAGGUCAAGCGGCUGGAGAAGUCGGCAUCGCUCUCCGUGGCCGUCGUACCAGACGGCAGCAGUCGGCAGGCGAGACGAAGCAGCGCAGGUCGGCGAGCUCGCGAGGCGAUGGCCACGGUUGCCAGUAAUAAUGCCAACAACAACGGCAGCAGCACGGCAACCACCGCUACGGCCGCGAUCAACGGGGAGGCCAAUAGCCAGCUGCCGGGCCAUCACCACAGCAGCCAUCAUAGCAGAUCCUCCACCAGUCCCGCGAGACGAUCACACCGCACCUCGCCCGCCCGCGCCUCUAGCAGUAGUAACCACAACAAUAACAGCCACCACACUGAGGCCAGCGCAGCCCCGAAGGCCGCUGCUGGUUCUUCCCCGAUAACCCAUCAGCCCGCCAGCCUCCGGCCUUCCUCCGUUCCGCGAUCCUCUGCUGUUCCAUGGGCGCAAGGGUCGGUGACAGCGUCGUCUCCUGCGCCGAGGAACGGCUUUCUCAAGGGAUCCAAGCCACAGGUCUACACACAGCCGCAGGCACCACCCGCAACGCCCGAAUCGACCCCGACGCACUCGCUCUCAAAAUUCCUUAGCGCCCGAAUACACAGACUCUCAUUAGAGCCCCUGCCGCCCGGCCGGAGGAAGUCUCUUCCCCAAGCCACCCCUCGCUCUGCAUCGACCGAAAACGAACUGGACGAGCCGGUGCCCGACGCGCUGAUCGACUCCAGCCCCAGUCCCUCGCCUCGCCUUGUCACUCCCUCCAACUCUCCCCUGAACUUGAGCGGGUCCAGGUGGUUCAUGCGAAGGAACACGGACCCCUCACCUCCUCUGCCCCAUAUCCGCCUCUCGGCUCCCUAUUUCGAACUCUCUCGCGUGAGCCUCGGCCUGUCGUCCGUCAACACGGUGAUGGAAGGCUACCUGCUGAAGCGCAACAACCGCGGCCGGUGGAAGCGGAGGUGGAUGGUCCUCAACAACACCCACUUCUACGGGUUCAACAGCCUACAGGACCCGUUCUGUUCGCUGUCCAUCGACCUCAUGUUUUCCUCCAUCAGGCCCCUCAACAUGGCCAGCAGGUGA